AUGUUCUGGAAUGAUAAGAAUCAGAUUGGUAGAGGUGAUUCGAUAUGGUGGAGGGACCUUAUUCAUAUGGAUGCAAUCCUGGGAACUGAUACAAACGUUUUUAAUACUGACAUUUUUUUGCAGCUUAUCGAGGGAGAUUGUGAUAAUUUCUUCUGGUUGCGGGUUAAUGAUUUCUAUGAAAUUAUGGAAGGAUUCAAUUCUGAAUCAGAAGGAAUGGACAUAUUUGUUUUGAAACACGACAGGGAUGGAAGGUUCACGGUUAGACCAGGUUAUGAUGCGGGGUAUUAG